GAGAGAGAGAGUAUAAUUUUUUUUCUGUGCUGUUGUCGUUUUUGCGUGUCUCUUGUGUUUCUUAAAAUAAAUUAAACUUGUGUUGUUUAUAAUUAUGAUUAAUACAACGCUAUAAAACGUGCAAAAAACUUAUCAUGUCCAAACGAAAGGCUGGUGUUAAUAAUAUUAUUUAUGAAUUAGACAAUGAAGAUGUCGAGAUUAGUAGCGACGAAGAAGUAAUAGAAUCCAAAAUAAGUCGGAUCGAUACAAAAAUCUGUGAAAAUCAUCUAGAAAAUAUACUCAUAAACAAUCAAAGGAAUGCUGAUGUUAUUAACAUUGAUUGUUCCAAUAAAGAUAUUGAUAAUAGCGAACUAACCCUAAAUUCUCAGAAUGGAGGGAAAAGUUCUCCUGUCAUUAUAAUUGAAGAGAAAAACAAUGGACUGGGUACUAAGAAUGUUGAAAGUGAACUGGAUAAUAAAAAGUUGACUGCUGAAGGUUCCAAAACAACCAUAUUUAAUGAGGACAUUGUUAUAGAUUCCCCAGCAUCAAAUAGUGAUUUGGGGGUUGUUGGCUGCGAAAAUAGGACGCCUUUAGUCACAAUAAGAUUCAGAGAUAAUAGGAUGGCGAAAAAUUAUAAAAGUCAGUUGAAAGCAUUUAUGUUGAAUUUGAUAAAACUGCAUGAUGAGGAAAACUUUGAGGGUUCUGAGACGGAGUCUGAUUUGGAGCUAGAUAUCUGGCCUGAAGAUUUAAUUGAUGAGGAGUUUGAAAAGAGAAAUGAGCCUCAAGAUAAUCUAUUUUUUAUAGAUACAGCCCCAUGUGAGGAUGUGCAUUCCGAAGUACCAAAGUAUAAACAGGUGUCAUCAUUAAUUUCAAAUGCACCUGAUCAAAAGCCAUCACCGCCACCAGUGGUACGUCGAGGUCCAAUUUGCUUCAACUGUGAUGGUGGUCAUCCAUUACGUGACUGCCCAGUUCCCAAGAACAGAGCUAGAAUAGCAGAGAAUAGAAAAAACAUGGGAUCUGUACGAGUUGGUCGCUAUCACGUAGAGGAUGAGCAGAAGUAUGGCCAUCUCAUUGCUGGCCGUAUAUCGGGCCAGCUGCGUCAUGCUCUGGGACUAAAGCGGCAUGAACUCCCACUUCACAUCUAUAGGAUGAGGAUGCUGGGGUACCCACCAGGCUGGCUUGAAGAGGCCAGGAUAUCACAUUCAGGCAUCACUAUGUUUGAUUCAACGGGUACAGCAAUAAUGGAUCCUGAUGAAGAGGAGGGCGAAUUAUGUGAACCGGGCUCCAAAGAUAAAUUUGACAUUAAAAAGAUACUAGAUUUUCCGGGAUUCAAUGUGCCAACUACGUCUCGUUACAAAGAGGAGGCGCAUUUAUAUGGCUUACCACCAAUGUCGGAGCGAGACAGCAAGUUGGCAAUGCUGCAAAUGCUGGCUCCAAAUGCAAUGAAGGCAUAUAAACGCAAGAAAUUGACCUUCUUUCCUUCUGCAUCUAUGAAUAACUCCACACAAGAAGGUCAAGCAGAGAUGGAUUUGGACAGUGGAGAUGAGACAGCUGAUUUCCCCUCGGUACCCCCAUUACCAGAUGAAGCUCCCCCAUCGGUACCUUUGCCGCCACCGCCACCGCCGCCGUUACCACCGUCGCCGCCACCACCCCCACCUGACGACGAAAUCGUAAACCAAAAUGAUAAUCGAGAUGAAAAGACUGAAUGCCCUGCAAAUGAUUCUGCUCAAUCCAUUGAAAUAGUUGAUGACAAUGAAACAAAUGACAUCCCAACGCCACAAUGUGACGAAUGUAAUGAAACCCCACAUACACUGUCACUCUCGCAAUCCUCUGAAGAUGUAAUCACUAUUGAUUUAGAUGGAUCAUAUGAGAGUGGAAAUGAUUCAGCAAAAGACAUAAAUGUAGAUGACAAAACAAAGGAUAAGGUAGAAGUUCCUGAAAUAGAAGUCCUGGAGAGUUCAUUUGAGAUUGUUGAUGAUGAUGAAAAACAGAGUAGUGGCAGAGGUAGUCCAAGUCUAGAUGACCUUGAAAAGAAGAAACUAUUAUUAUUACAAGCUCUAGAUAGCUCACAGGAGUCUGCUGAUAUAGUUGUGUUAAAUGACUCAGUAGAUGAAGAAGAAAUUAAAACACCCGAUGAUAAUGUUAUCAUUUCUAUGACUGAUAUUGAAGAAAAAUCUGACAGCAAUACAGAUAAGACGGUUAUAAAUUCUCCAACAAACUUUGAGAAUGGUAAAAGAAAACAUUGCAAUUCGACCGAGAGUGAACCCGAAGUCUCUAAAACUCCAGAGUCGCGAACAGGACACGUAAAAACGACUUCUUAUGGUACACCAGUUGUAAAUAUUGCAUCACCGUACAUCAAGUUACCUAGUGAUGAUAAAUUCGCUAAAGACAUAUGUGAUGUUAUCAAUUUUGAAAAUCUACCAAAUUCAACAGGCAAGUACAAAAAAAUAAGUAAUUUAUUAAAGAAAGUGAAGAGUAAGGUAGACAAAAUACAAGAAUCAUGAUCCACGUCGCCUACCUCUAUAACUAGAGGUGGCAAAGACUCUUACUAGUUUGUGAAAUUUUUGUACAAUUUGAAUCUACAGUUUGUCAAGUCAUAAGUAUUUUUAUACUGAAGUCAUUAUGUUAUUAGAUGUAAUAUUUACAUUAUAUAAUAUUUUUUGUUAUUAUGUUUUGUAACCAGCCCUUUAAAUCAUUGCUUUAAAUAUUGCUCUCAAGAAAAUUUUAUACAGAAGGGUUGAUUUUUGCGCUUGGUGUAAAGUAGAACGUCAUGCUAAUGAAGUGGCUAGUAAAAGGAUCUGUAAAUGAUCAAACUACUUAAGACAAGCAUGUAUAUUUUGUUUGUAAGAGUCUGAAUUGCUUCAUUUUUGUCUUACAUGUGUGAUUUCACCAGAGGGAGACUUUGUACAAAAGUCGAUUGCUUGGGUACCUCUGUCCCAUUCGUGUUUUAACCUGUGAAGCAGUUGUGUUUGCAUGGCUGUGUUUCGGAUUGAAGGGUGGGAUAUGGCGUGAAUUUACUGGGUACAGAGGAAUAACACUGAGUCCUCAGGAAUGGCAACGCAUGGGGGGUAUCAUGGGCGAAACAAUAUCUCUCUGUCAUGUCCAUGGUACUGCUCAUGUCUAUAGGCAACGGUUACCAUUUUCCAUCAAGUGGGCCGUCAGCUUGUUUGCCAUUCAAAGUUAUAUAAAAAGAGAAAAGAUAUGUCCUUUAACAAGCUGUUUGAUCGUUUAUUGAGCUCCGACCGCAUAUUAUCAGCGGUGAGGUGACGCCAGUUAUAUCUGUUUAGUCACCCUGUACAGUUUAUAUACAUCUAUGUGAAAACCAGCUCCAACUCGAGCAUUACACGUACGUACAUACGAAGGCGUAUGUUUCAAUUGACAGUUAUACCUCGUAACUACAUCAUUGAUACACAGUGCUGGAUUUACUAAUACGUCAUAGACUGUGUCAUAUAUAGCAAAUUUUGUAAAUAUAAAAUUUCGUAGAAAAUGUUUUUUUUUUUAUUAUUUUAGUUUUCACUUAUUAUUAUUAAUUACUAAUUCAUUCAAUUUAUCACUUUACAAUACCUCCUUUGCCUAUCCGUACCCAAAUAUUUGUCUAAACAAUUGGACACUAUUGUUUGUUCCCGUCUUUCUUAGUGAGGUUACAGGUCGUGAAGUUGCUUACACUUUAUAAAAGUAUAUAAAUCCAGCAUUGUCAUAUACUAUAUAAUACUUUAUAUGUUAAUUAAAGUAUCGAAUUCCUUAAAACUGGUGUUAGUAUUUAUUAAUAGAGUAAAAAAAUGUUUCCCAGAAACCAUUAUAUACUACCAAAAAAAAUAAAAAAAAUAAAAAUUUCGAUAAAAGAACAUCUCAUCUGUACUAACGGCAUAUAAAGUACAAGUAUGUACAAACCUACUAUUAUAUAGUGUCGUAGAUACAAUUUUUUUUUAGUUUUUGAGAUCCUAAUAAUGAAUACUAUCACCAGUUUUAAGGAAUGAGUUACGUUAAUUAACUUAUUGCAUAUAUUUAUAUUGAGAGCGAUAGCCAUCAUGUAAGUGGUUACAGUUGACGCUGGUCGAAACGUGGUUUAGUGGUUUCGAAAACGUAUCGAUUUAUUAUGGGUAAAAUAAUAUCGCAAAUAAAUGUGAUAAGAACUAACUUAAAAAAUAAAACAUUUGAGAUCAUGAUUACGUGUCUUCACGAGCUAUUCUUGUAAAGUCUGUAACUACGUAUGUUUAAAUAUUUUUUUCUUAAUAAAUUGAUCCGUGUUAUAUAUAGCAGGGUGUUAAUUUUUAGUUUUCAAUAUUUUUUGUUCUACAAUAUUUAUUUAGUUUAUAAAUGAAAAUGUAAAUAAUAUGAGGAUAAAAAAAGAAACUAUUGACUUGCAAGUAAGUUGUUUUAUUUAUUACUUUGCACAAUUAGGUUGCACAGGGCAAAAAUCUCAUUUUUAUAACAAUGAUAUAAUGAUGCACAAAUUAAACCUAUUAUAAAAUGAUAACCCAACCCGAGACAAAUUAAUGUGAAAAAUUAUCAACUAGUGGAAUAAUCACGUAUUACUAAAAAAAUAAAAAGUACCAUAACUGUUUUGACAUUUUUUUUAAACAAUGUCUUGGACAAUCAUCUUGAUCACAUUGAUUUAAUAAGUUAAUAAUAGUUUUUAUUUUUUUUUCAGUAAUUCGUAUUUUAUAUGGAAUACGAAACGCGGUGCAUGCUACUAUAUAAACAAAGCCCAUAUAGUCCAAAAUAAACAAUGGUUUUGAGAAAAAUAAUACACUUAGGAUCGACCAUACAGAACAUGUUCAAUCAUACAAAUCAAUUACUUCUAUAUAUUGCACGUAAUUGUUUGAGCUGUCGAUCACAGAUAAUUAACAAUUUGGUGCAUGCACGGCUAUUUCAUUAUUAUGUGAAAUUCAAUCAAAAUAAAGUGCUACUAAUUUUAAAAUUAAUAUGGUUACAAUAUAAUCAAGUCAGCAACUAGUGGAGAUCACAGUAAUUUAGUCAUUAUAAAGACAAAAUAUUCGAAAUAAGAUAUAAAUUUGCAUUAAAUUAGAUUUACUUAAACGUCACAUAAUAUUACAGUUCAUAAGUAGAUAUUGUGAUGCAAUCAAAAGUUUUAUAAAUAAUGUGACCUAAUUUCAGACCUACAGCAAAAUUAGCGAUAUUAACUAUAGAGAAGUUAGUAUCUCAUUUUAUCAAAAAGUUUAUCUAAUAAAUUAUAGCACCACAAGUACAAAUAAAAUUUGUCAAUUAGGUACAACGUAUACCUGCACUGUCAAAUGGCGAUUAAAACUGGCAUAUUUAUCUUCAAUUAGGCUGACAUGCAUGCGCACUAAUUUUUGAGAAAAUGUUUGAACAUUUCUACCUUUUUUCGGUUUCAUUAAUU